AUGGAUUGCUCCAAUUCCGCUGGAAAGACAUCCAGUCGGCUUCAAAAUCUGCGCCGUCGACUGUGGUGGUCUGCAUACAGUUUAGAUCGUCUCAUUGCCCCUUGCUUAGGUCGACCGUUAUCCAUCCCCGAUGAGGUUGUGACUACCCCAUUUCCAGACAUUGAAGAUGGCCACUUCAUCACCGAAGAUGCGUUUCUAAGUGCCUUGGGUGGCUUAGCAAACCCCAACUACGCAUCUCAUCAUCAAUUCAAAUUGCGACGUUUACAGUCCGAGAUUCACCGUACCAUUCAGUCCCAACACGCUCUACGUGUCACAGCGAGUCAAUCUUUGGCACAAAAUUCAAAUGCAGUCCUUGGGCUCAGACAAUCUGGCGACUUUGUAUCCUGGCGAAGGAAUAUGACUGACAGAUUAGACGAGUGGAAGUGGUCUAUUCCGCAUUCCUCUGAGACUGGUCUUUCUUCAUGUGACCUCCUCAUGGAGCUUGGGUAUUGGCAGACCAUCAUCACGCUUUACCGCGAGAGCAUCCGAAUUCCUGAACAGCUAGUUGGAAUGUCGUCUAUCCUCGAAUUCAAGGAACAAGUCAUGGGCCAAACUCCUGAAGAUCUCGAGGUGGUUUACAUAAGAAUUUUUGAGGCCUGUCAAAAAACAAUUCGGAUCUACCGUGUGCUAAAGUGUAGCAAACUGAUCAACCUUGUACAUUUCGUGGAAGACGGUAUCUUUGUUGCGGGAGCUCUCUUCUUGUGCACGAUCUGGGGUUCCGAAAAUAUUCGGCGCAGCUUGAGCUUUCAACACAUUGACAGUAUGGUCUUGAUGGUAAUCGCUGUCCUCGAUAAUUUAUCAAAUCAAAAUCCCACGGCGAGGAUAUCUACAGCUGCUUUCAAGGAGAUGGGCACCAUGACAAUUGAAUACUUCUUGUCUACUAGUGACACGGACCAUAGCCCCAGCUCGCGUUCUAAUGAGAUAGCCCACGUGUUGACUCCUGAAAACACAGCUCAUGAUACGUCAUCGUCUUUCACCUCCGAUCUUAUUGACCACUGGAAUCCUCAAUUCCCUUCUUUCAAUAUUUCUGAGCAAUUCUGCACGUCUGCAAGUGACAUUGAAGUUGUUACACCAGAUGGUUCUCCCAAAAAAGACAUGUUAGCAGACCCCAGCCCAUUACUACUCACUUUUGAUACGCCUGACAUCCUGUCACAAAUUUCGACAGGCGUGCAAAAUUUUGAAGACUUCUUCAAAAUCCCAGCCUCGUCAGGUGAAUUAAAGCGAGACUUCGAGUCAGCAAUAGAUGACUUUAAUUUCUCACAAGACAAUCCAUGUGGAAUUUCGAAGAAAUUACAAGAUGAGCAGUGUCCCAAUCUUGAAACACCAAGCCCCGGGCUUACUGAUGAGUCAUCGAAAGGCUUCCGUUUUGGAUGGACCGAUUCUGGAUCGCCAUAUAAUUGA